UGUGACACCGAUAGCUCCAAUAAACAAGUUAUUGGUGUUAGUUGUAGUUUCCAAUUUGUGGGUGGACUUAAUCUUCUAAGUACGGUGUUUGGAUAUUGGAUUUGAGUAGGGAUUUAUGGAUGGAAAGGAAAUGAGAAGGGAAAAGUGAUAAAUUUAGACGUGAUCUUUUGAAAUUUAAAAAAGAAAAGGGAGACCAAGAAAGAUUACACAUUAUGUUCACUAAUCAAAUUACAUUGAUGAAUUCUUAACGUAGAAUUGUGUCAAAGAAUGAGAACUGUUGAGGAGCAUAAUUUAUGUGUAUUUUUCUCGAUAACCAUGUAAUGGGCUUGUGGUAAAUUAAGGAAUUCCCAUUUCUAGAGUUUCAGAUAUUAGUUACCAAGUCUACCACAAUGACCCAGCAUAAAGACUAUAUGAUAUUUCAUUUUUGUUCUCAAAAUGUCACUUGAUUUUGUCACGUUGAUUUGAUUUUGAUUAGACAAAUGGGACUGCUUAGCUGAUUUAUGAGCUGCAACGGGGCUCACUUUAAAAACUAUGUAAGAUGCAAACUGCAAUUAUAAAGGCAUUGUGGUCAUCUCAGUCUUUGUGCUUUUUAUUUUUGUCGUAUUUUUUUCCACUCUUAAUAAAAGUUAGGUUUUUAUAAAUAUAAAUAUUUUUUUAUCAUGUUAUUGUUUGUUGAAACAUAUUGAUAUUCAUGCUCAAACUAUGGUUUUUAUGUGUUUUCUUGUUCUCCAGGUUGAGGAUGCUACCAAAGCUCUUGGACCAACAAACGGGGCAACUCUAGAAAAGAACGGACAGAUUCUGCGAGUACCAUAUGCAAAAAGCAUUCUUGGACCGAGAUCAGGGCCAUUAGGAUCUUCUCAGUCAAGCAGUCUUGCGGCUGCCGCAAUUGAGGCAGCAGCAUUUGCUCAACAGUAUGAUGCUGUUGGAUGGGCACCAAAGGAGUAUAAUCCAGACAAUAAGCAGCCCUCUGGUGGGCAGGAGCCAAGUGGUGGAGAGGUUGCAGGUCCAAAGGAUGCUUAUUCAUUACAAUCUGGCUUUGUUUGGGAUGAAGCAUUUGGCUAUUAUUAUGAUGCUUCUUCUGGAUUCUAUUAUGAUGGAAAUAUAGGAGCAAUCAAAGGGUAACAUCGCGAACAGAGAAAGGAUGUAUACAAAACACAGGUGUGGUUCUAGGUCAAUCCCUGUUAGAGUAGAAAAACUGAUUGGAUUGGGGUGGCAUUUUUGACGUGCAACAAUGAUCUAAUUUGCUUGAAUGUUCAUUUUUGUUUGAUAAGGAUACACAUACUUUGUGGAGUUGCACUAGUUAUUGUUGGAU